GACGACUCCGCGUGGCUCAGAGAGGUUGCAGACGUAUGAGGCGGAGGACUGACCCUGGUGGGUCUUCAUAGGGGAUGCAGAUGCAGGCGUAGACGAAGCUACAGCCACGAGCCGUGAGUCACAAGUCACGAUGAGGGCGGGUGGGUGUGCGCAUGCUGCCAGCAGCUAUGGACGCCUCUUCGCGCCAUAGCUGUAUGGGCUGCUGCGCAGCAACCAGCAGCAGCAUGCACUUUGGGUGUCAGCAAGCAGUCACCGCCGUCGCCAGUGCAGGCUGCGAUGAGUCAAAACCAGCCGCGUGCGUGCGAGUGCUGGAUGCUCUGCUGCGUCGCCAUAACGUCUGGCUCCGUAUUUUGGGUCUCGCCGCGGUGGGGUGCGCGUCUCUUCUCGCGACGCGCCAUAUCCUCCAAUCGCGUGUGCAGUGUGGGUGCCGCAACCCGCAAGAGCGUGUGCCCUAUAGAUCAGUCAAGAUUGGUACGCUUCAAUCGCAAGCAGGAAUUCACAGAUCGAUUAAUGAGAUCAACUUCCACCGCCAGCAUCAUAGAAGCGAUGGAAGGAACUUUUUAGUGAUCCUCACGUCAGCCGCUGCUGAAAGUCAGUGCCUUCCGAAGUGUCCUCACUGUGAACACAAGACUCCGGGAUUCCGAUUGGCAGAAGACGCAGCUCUCAAACGCAUGCGAUAGGUACUGCAUGGUCCGAGUUGAGCACCUUGACGUUUGCUACUUCUCACAACCCUAAGGAAAGUAGCCGCCAUUGUUGACGUGCACGACCUGUCCGGGCGUCAGGCAGGAAAGUAGUCAGCACCGUUAAUCACAGGCAUCGAGGAACGGCAUGUCGGUAUGUAGCACACCCACCUGUCCAGUCAUGCAGUUAGUGUAAACAGGAUCGGCCAGGAAGACAAAGGCGCCUGCUAGUUCAGCCGGCUGUGCGGGUCGACCUGCGGUCAAGUCAAA